GAGAAUUUUUUUCAGUGUCUUGGUAUUUUUUCUACCAAUAGGUACGGUCACACCGCUACCAGAAUUGCAUUCUUUUUAAAACUUUUAGACUGUCGGAGAAAGCAUUGCAAACAACGUGCAUUAUGUUUUUAAACGAUAUUGGCCUACCAUUAAUCGUGGAGUCGGGCAAGAAAUCAUUUGAAAAAAUAGUGGGGCCGCUGCUUUUAACAUCUGCGGCUUUCAAAGAUUUUAAAAUUCCUGAAAACUGGCGUCCAUACGUUAUUGGAUCGGAAGAGGAUAUCUUUCGACUCAAAUCUCCGCAGAAUUUUGGGGAAAAUAGUGAUUGCCUCUUUGAAGUGCUUAAGCCCAAUGUAUCCAUAAACAUAGAAAUUGAAGCAACCAAGAUCAGACUCACCUUAAUACACCAUGAUUUGAUUUCAAGGAUCUAUUACUUGGAUAAUGGACUUUCCAAAAUAGUGAUAAUGGACCAUGCCCCCGCGUAUCUAGACUUCAUUCCCAAGGCGAAUGCUUCGUUCCAUAUUGGACUUAGCCAAGGGAUCGAUGUGCUUUUUCUGGAUGAUGAGUUCUUGACAGAAAAUUUAAACGAGGAUCUGUAUCAAUUUGUCCAUCUUUUAAAGCCUAAGAAUAUUUAUGGCCUGCAGCAGAAGGAACUGCCCAAUUGGCUUCUCAGCCUGCGCCGCUGUAAAGACAUCUACGCAAGGCCAUGAUUAACUAAAUAAAACAACGGAAUUACUGUAGAAAAUUAUGCAUUUAAAACAAAUGACCACAUUGAGUUUUUACCCAACGCCUAAAAUCUAUCUAAACCAAAAAAAACACUUCCCCUCAUAACUUAUCCCUUUGCCGCCUUGGCCUUGCUUUUAACUUUCUUCACC